ACCGAGUUCACACACUUCAAUGAUUAUAAGGCUACGCUUCCAAGUCUCCGUCACAUCUACCUUCCCCCAUGGAUCCUUUAACGAUAAGAGAAAGAAUCGGUCGCUUUCGAAUCCUCGUCGUAGGGAGAGCGAACGCAGGAAAAACCACCAUCCUACAAAGAGUUUGUAACACACGAGAAAACCCAGUAAUAUAUAACAGCGCUGGAGAAAAGAUCGAUCCUGCAGUUUUAGAGGCAUCCAGAGACCGCGGAUUGCACGAUAUCGAGAACGAAAUGACGUUUGAAAGCAACCCAGGUUUCAUCUUUCACGAUUCACGCGGGUUUGAAGCAGGCGGCGAAUCUGAAUUUGACAAGGUGAAGGCUUUUAUCGCAAGCCGUUCUAAGGAAGCCAGAUUAAAAGAUCGACUCCAUGUUAUCUGGUAA